AUGACGACUACAAUUCCUCGAAGAAGGACUCGUACGGUUCGUCUACUCUGGACAGUUACGGAUCUUCCAACAGAGGCGACUCGUAUGGAUCUUCCAACAAAGAUGACUCGUAUGGAUCUUCCAACAAAGGUGACUCGUACGGAUCUUCCAACAAAGGUGACUCGUACGGAUCGUCGAAUCUGGACAACUACGGGUCUUCUACCAGUGACAGAUACGGAUCUUCCAACACUGAUACAUACGGCUCUUCUGGAAGAGGCGGUGAUUCUUAUGGAUCUUCCAACACUGACAGCUACGGUUCUUCUGGAAGAGGUGGCGACUCCUACGGAUCAUCGAACAAAGGUGAUUCAUAUGGUUCCUCUGGUAGAGACGAAUUCGGCUCUUCUGGCAGAGGCGGUGAUUCGUACGGCUCCUCUGGCAGAGGUGGUGACUCCUACGGCUCUUCUGGUAGAGACGGUGACGCGUACGGCUCGUCUAACACGGACAGCUACAGAUCUGGCGGUGACUCCUACGGGUCGAGUAACAGACGUGACAACGAUUAUUAGCUCUAUAGGUUCAAUGACUAUGACAUGA